AUGGGGAAGUGGACCAUGCCAGCCGGGAGGGACAGGGUCCAGGUCCCUGUGGGGGCCCCGACAAGGGCAGAGGUGGGGGACAGAGACAGAGAAGCGGCGGCAGAGACUGCGCGAGACGGCAGAGUCGCGUGCGAGAGACGGCGGGGGGAGCGUGGGAGCAGGGCCCGGAGCGCCGAUCCCACGGCUCCUCGUUAUAACGUGUCCGGAGGAGGCGGCGGGGAGUUGAAAGCGUCGGGAAGAGAAAUCAAAACCAACACGGAAAUGAGAGGGGCCAAUGGGGGGGCCGGCUCUGCCAUGGACUGUAGCUGCGUCUCCGACCUUCUCUUCGCCCCGCCCGCCCUGCCGGCUCUCUGGACCCCCGGUAACUGGCCCGGAACCCGCAUCCCUUCUCCCAGUCCUCAGACCUGCGGGAAAGGAGAUGCAGGGGGCGCAGAGACAGGGUUUGCCUUCCCGGAUUGGGCCUACAAGCCGGAGUCAUCCCCUGGCUCACGGCAGAUCCAGCUGUGGCACUUUAUCCUGGAGCUGCUGCAGAAGGAGGAGUACCAGGGCGUCAUCGCCUGGCAGGGGGACUACGGGGAGUUCGUCAUCAAGGACCCCGACGAGGUGGCUCGGCUCUGGGGUAUCCGCAAGUGCAAGCCCCACAUGAAUUAUGACAAGCUGAGUCGGGCCCUGCGCUAUUACUACAACAAGCGGAUUCUCCACAAGACCAAGGGCAAGCGGUUCACCUACAAGUUCAAUUUCAGUAAAGUCGUGCUUGUCAACUACCCACUGCUGGACGUUGCAGCAGCUGCCACUGGUUCCCCACUCUUGCUGACCCCAGGCCCCUUUGGGGGCACCCCUGGACCAGAUGCUCCUCCCCUCACCCCCGAGGUGAGUUAGGAUGCGGGGCCCCGAACUGGGGCAUUUGGUGCCUUUCUGGGAGGGGAUGCCACCAGGCUGAGCAGCGCCACCUCCUUCCGCAGACCCUGCAGACUCUGUUCUCUGCCCCACGGCUGGGAGAGCCAGGGGCCCGGACGCCCCUGUUCACCCCCGACACAGACAAACUGCGUCUG